AUGAGUUCUUGCGCCGCUGGCUCAACGCUCUUCAAGUCUUGGUUCUCGUGGUUUAGAGGGUCGCUCCUUCUCCGAUUGGUCGGCCUCCCUACAGCGCUUCUAGCCCUUUAUCUCGAAGUCUACGGCAGCUCCCCAGCCGCCGCCUCGCUUAUUCUUCACCGACUCGCUCGCCGCGCUCGUCUCUCAACCAUUCUCUGUACGCUCAAGGAGGGACAGUACGUCAGCAAUACCAUCUUCUUCGUCGGAGGAGCAGACUCCAUGGACAGAGCACAGACACCGACAACCCUGCACGACAAAGGGGCCGAGUCGUCAUCCCAGUCGUCAAUAAUAUCCUCCAACGCCCCCGACUCCAACGCUUCUUCUCAGUCUUCACCACCCAAGACCAUGCCGUCGCAUUCUCGGUCCAAGACGGUCGACGUCAUCGGGCAAGGCAAACGCCUGUCCCUGCAGUUCCCCAUCCAGCCAAGUACGGGCAUCAGUUCACCAACCUCCUCGACACGGUCGCGCCCGCAAUCAUGGAUGAACGGGGCAACGUCUGUUCAUUCGCCCGAACCCGAGGAUUCUACCUCCGAGACGAACAUUCUGGCGGUUCUCGCUGCUCAAGAGCGCUAUGUCCUCGAACUUAAGGAAGAGCUCACCAAAGCAGAGGCUGAUCUGAACACGCUCAAGACGCACUGGACCCAUCACGAAGCGAACAAGCGUCGCAAUGAGGUGCGCAAGGUCGCCGCGCUGCAGCCUCUCAACACAUCGCUCGCCAAUGCUCCACCGGGCCAAUACGAAGACGAUGGUUCGAAUUCGUGGAUGCAGAAAGAGAUGGAGCGCAGGAAGAACCUACUCAGCAGCACCAAAACAUCCCAACGGAAGGUCUUCAGCGGCUCGCGACAUCUAAGAACCCUAUCACUACUCUCUCCCGACCGCCUCCAGUCGCCAUCAUUCCCCCAGCCACUCGAUCUACACGACGACCCCGCUUCCAACUCCCGACCGCAGCUUCCUGCACGGGCUUCCACCUCGUCAGAGAUCACACGACAGGUCGUCAAUGCCGGCGAGCACGACCGAUACGACAUGGGCGGCAUGCCCACCAUACAACGUGAGCAGCUCAUUCGGGCUGGCACUCAGAUGGCGCAGGAUUUCAAGAAGGGGCUAUUCACAUUCAUGGAGGAUAUCCGACAAGCUACGGUGGGCGAUGAGGCCGUCAACACGGCGGACGGCAAUACUGGAAUACCAGGUGUCAAGAACCCCUCUAAAUCUGGCCGCAAACCGUCCGAGGGUCGCCCCGCCCUUAGUCGGUCCGCCAGCUCGAAGAAGACCACACAACAACUAGGUUCCACUGGCGAUGACUUCUGGAAGGAGAUGGGCCUGGGCGAGCCCAAGACUACUGUAGUCAACAAGAAGACGCACGCACUCAAGAACACGACGACUCCGCAAAAGCAGAUCCGCAAAGUUGCAUCCGAAGAAGACUGGGAUAACUGGGACACCCCCAACGAGUCACUUCUGGUCGACUUGGAAGACUCCAAGGACAGCUCAGAUGAAUCGGAUGCGCAGACCUCGCCGGUGUCCGGCCCAGGCAGCUCUCGAACUAGCACCAGCACUAGAUACCACUCGAAGCGUCACGAUUCCAAGGCAUCGUCGCUCACCUCCAUCAACCAAGAGGACCUGACACCACGAGAGUCAAAGCGCAGCUCCAUCCCAUGGCCUGAUAUGACCAAGGUGUCACCCAGCAACCUGAAGCGUACCGCAUCACAUCUAAUGAAAGAGUGGGAGAAGCAACUCACCCCGCCCCCGGAAUCGAGGAGUGAAGAUUACUCGCAUGGCGAUUUUAUGAACUGA